CCUGAGCCUCAGAGUCAGACCCCGCAGGCUGCACUGCACAGCACGCGCUCUCACACACUUCUGCAGCUCACACACACACACACACACCAAUCUCUUCUUCAUUUUUACAAUGACAUUAGAAAACUUGCUUAAGGAAUACACUUUUAAGUGAUCACCUUUUUUUGCCUGAGAACGAAAAUAACAACCCAAGCAAACGAUGGAACCGAUAACAAAGUGGACUCCAACUCAGGUUGUCGAUUGGAUGAGAGGACUGGAUGACAGUCUCCAGCAGUACAUCACCAGCUUUGAAAAGGAGAAGAUUGAUGGCCAGCAGCUGUUGAAGAUCUCCCACCAGGACCUGGAGGAGCUUUCUGUUAGCCGUGUUGGGCACCAGGAGCUCAUCCUAGAAGCGGUGGAUCUUCUCUGUGCUUUGAACUAUGGCAUUGAGACUGAAAAUCUGAAGACCUUAGUUGGCCGGAUGAGAGCUGCUUCUAAUAACCUGCAGAACUGCGCUUCAGAGAGGAGGAGAAGCCCGUCACAUGACAGCAGUACUUCAAACAAACCACCCAACGAGUUCCUGACAGCAGUGGUGGAGCUUAUAGGAGCAGCCAAGUGUAUGCUGGCCUGGCUGGACAGGACACCUCUGACAGGCAUCAGUGACUUCAACUCCAUCAAGAACAGGAUCAUCCAGCUGUGCUUGGAGCUCACCACCACUGUGCAGAAGGACUGUGCUGUGUAUGAAAUGGAAGAGAAGAUACUGGAAGUGGCUCGUGUUUUAACCGGAGUCUGUGAGGCGACCAGGAGGACGACCUUUGACCCCUUGAAGAGCCGCACUACCUGUCUGGAGGAGGUUCACAUCACUGAUGUCAAACCUGAAGAGGGACUAGGAAUGUACAUCAAGUCCACAUACGACGGGCUGCAUGUGAUCACGGGAACCACAGAAAAUUCUCCAGCAGACAGAACUCAGCACAUCCACGCCGGAGACGAAGUGGUGCAGGUCAACCGGCAGACAGUGGUGGGCUGGCAUCUGAAGAACCUCGUUUCUAAAAUGAAGGAGAAUCCCCAUAGUGUGGUGCUUACGCUGAAGAAGAGGCCUUCGGGAACGGGAAACUUCACUCCCGCUCCACUGAAGAACCUGCGCUGGAAACCUCCGGCUGUGCAGAGUGCUCCUCCUGGUCAUACUGCUCACUCGUCCAAUGUAGAAAGCUUGGCUAAGAAAGAGAAGCCAGCCAUUUUGGACCUGUACUUACCUCCACCUCCAGCUGUGCCUUACACACCACGGGAUGUGAAGGACGGCGCAUGUCCACAGGUCAGAAUGAGGCAAAAAGCUCCCGAAUCCCCGAACUCGUCUCUGGACCGAGCUGCUAGACGACGCUCUAAUCUCAUAGACUACGUCAGCAAACCCAACGUCUGCAUCUCUCCUCCAGAGCCCGUCAUCCCACAGGCCCAACUCCGCCAGCGCACGCCCUCCAGAGGGAAGCCGCGACCCGUGUCUAUGCCUGCAGACACGUGCGUGGGCCUGUCUGAUUCCCCCUGGGCUUUAGGAAGGAAAGGUGAAGACAUGUUACGCAUGUACAUGAGUAAUGAGCGAAUUCCCCCCAUCGCUGAAGAAGCCCCGUGUUUUCCCGUACCGUACCGGCCGGCGAGCGAGAAGCAGCUCCUACGUGGUGUCGAUCACAUCCGCGGCAGCCAGUGCUUCAUCAACGCCGACUUGCACAACAGCGCCACCGUGCUGUACCGAGACACCACACGCCGCAAGAGCAGGACCACGCGCUCGUCCAAGAGGUCCUCAGAGCCUUCACCUCUCAGCGCCUGGUUCGCUCGACUGAAGCUCUUCACACUUUCAUGUGUUUGUUACCCAAAAAUGAGCAAUAACGUGUUUCUCGAAGCCAUUUUAUACACUGCCUGGAAGCUGCACAUAUUCCACUGUUGGCUUCAGAGCCUGUUGUCCACUAAUGUUAGUCCUGCAGGAGUGAGUGACAUCCCGGAGUCAUUUCCACUACAAGACUUUGCAACUGCAACUUGUCAAGGUAAUGCCGUGAUGAGUCGGAGGAGGGUCUCGGUGAAGGAGCUGGGAGAGGUGGACUGUCACGGCUGGCUUUACAAAAAGAGAGAGAGUCGAGCUUUCCUGAGAGCUAAAUGGAAGAAAUACUGGUUUGUGUUGAAGGAAUGCUCUCUGUACUGGUACACAAGUAUUUCGGCUCUGAAAGCGGAGGGAUACAUCAACCUGAGGGGCUUCACUCUGGAUCAGGCGAACGAGUGCAAGAGGAAGUUCGCUAUAAAGGCCAGCCACCCACAGGUCGUGACGCUGUUCUUUGCCACUGAGAACUCACAAGAUAUGUACAAGUGGUUGAGUAAGCUCACUGCAGCCUCUAACAAGAAAGACCUUCUAGAAGUUGGUACUGCAGAAUGUUACAGUGAAGAUAGUGAUGAUGAGGAUGAUGUUGAAGAAAUCGGAGCCCACUGUACAGAGCAACUAACCGCCAGCUCCAUCAAUGGUUGUCUUGCUCCACCAUGCUCCAGCUCAUCCCCAUGCCAGGACAUGCUCCCCCUCGUGUCUCCGGUGUGUAACACCUCGGAGUGUGUGAGUUCAGACAGCGAGUCGUGGCUGGAGCUCAGCUCCGACUCUCAGGGUCCGGUGUGCGUCAGUGACCACAGUGACAUCGGCCGGCUGCAGGAUUACCAUGGCGAUGAGCAGCCACCGUCUGACGAGCUGGAGAUGCUGUACCUGCACCUCAAACAGGCCAAUCUGUCCCCAUGUGGAGAACUGCAGCCUGUGUCUAAGCUGGACUACAGAUCCUCCUUCAUCCGACGCUGCAAAAACGACACCAUUAACGAGAAGCUGCAUCUGGUCCGAGCUCUCAACAGUACUUUAAAGGCUAAAGAGACUGACCUCCUGGCUCUUGAGCAGGUUCUAGCUGAUUCAGCAUUAGAUGGCAAUAAGUACAGACGGUGGAAGAGUGCGAAUGUUCUCCUACUGGAAGAAAUCAACCAGAAAAUGAGUACAGUAGAAACACAACCGAGGGCUCAGCCCGAACAGAGGCCAUCCUCCACACCGGUUGUGUUUACAGAGACCAGUCUGUGAGCAUGAACAUAUAUAAUUUAGGAUGUUUAUCACCUACGAUCAUAGUUCUGUUGUCUAUUUAAUCGGCUUUUAAAUGUGUGUUAAGCAGGAAUGUUGAAAACUGUCAUCUAGAAACAUUUACCCUUUGCCAUGCAGAUUUAGUAAUGAAAGUACUAACUGGCUAUGAACUUGUUUUGGAAUUGCACUAGUGGUCCUGUCACUAGAUGAUCGCAAAACCCAUGCAGAGUUCAGUCAUCACUCUUUAUCACACAGCGAAUACUGUAUGUUCUGUUUCACCUGAGGAAAAUGUGUGUAUUUGUUGAAGUUAGACAUGAUACAGAUAUGAUUUAGAGUGUAAAAUGGACAACUUUGCAGAUUAUUUUAAACUCAUCCUGACUUUUCUGAAUAGAAAAUUGUGUAUUUUAUGCCAAAUAUCAGUCUCAGUAACACCGUAUUUGGACACUAACCUGUUGCUCUCAUUCUUUCAAAGAACAUUUUGAAGGAUGUUUAGAAUGAAAGCUACUGGAUUUUAACCCACAACCACCAUCAAGUCACUAGUAAAAUGUCUCUUGAUUAUUUUAAGUUUUUUUUAAUAUGUAUGUAUUUACUGUAAAUAAAUCUCUUGUAUGUCACUUA